CUUGUGUUGAGGCAUCAGACCCGCGCCCGGUCGAAACAUACUUUAGCAGACUUUGGUUUACGAGUGCACAGCACACAUUAACAGUUAUUUCUUUCCUAUUGCUGAGGGAAUACACAGGCAAAGAGAAGGCUGGAGCUGGAAGUUGGUGACCCGCAGGACCUUCAAGAUGGUGGCAGGACUGCCAAAGCUAAAAAACCCAUGGCCUGUCUGUCCCACACAGCAGAAAAGGCUCCCGCCCCCGAUCCCAUAACAUGCACCACCCUGCUGGAGAAGUCACGCUAUGACACCUCUCUUGGCUUCCUGACACGGAGGUUUGCAGAUAUGCUGAGCCGCUCCUCCGACGGGGUGUUGGACCUAAACAUUGUCGCCCAGGAACUCAAUGCCCCCAAGAGGCGCGUCUAUGAUGUCACUAACGUCCUUGAGGGGAUCCAGCUCAUCAAAAAAAAGUCUAAAAACAACAUUGAAUGGUUGGGUGGUCAACUGAUUGCUCAUGGAACUGAAGAGCUGAGGGCUCUCAUUGAGCAGGAGAGGAAGCUGGACGAGCUGAUCGAAAGCUGUACGCGGCAGGUUCACCAGAUGUGUGGGGACCAUCACAGUCAGAGAUUUGCCUAUUUGACGUAUGAGGAUGUUAAAAGGAUCCCCAGUCUUAAAGAACAGACCGUGAUUGUGAUCAAAGCCCCUGCGGAGACAAAACUGGAGGUCCCACAUCCAGAGGAGAGCCUCCAAGUGCACCUCUGCAGCACCCAGGGGCCCAUCGAGGUGUUCCUCUGCUGUGAUGACCCCAUCCAUAUGGAUGCCGCAGACGCCUCUGUGGGCAAUGGUAGCCACUUAAGCUCGUCCGCCAAUGGGAAAGAGUCCGUCCCCAUCUCGCUUUUCUCGUCCUUCAUCCAGGUGUCCUCCAAAGACGAUGCUAACAAUACCUCCGGAAUCAAUAGUAUCUACAACCCGCAGUCCAAUCCAACACAACAUUUAUCACCGGUUUCUGUCACCCCUGUCUCCCCCAUGCCCACCUCCCUCACCUCCUUCCAACCCCCCUCUGAUGACCAACAGAGCUUUGUCACCCUCACUCCACCCCUGGCCUUCUCUCUUGAUGGGGAGGAAUACCUCCUGAGCUUGGCUGAGAAUGAGGGCAUCACUGACCUUUUCUCCUCUGUUGACAUGGAUCAAUUGCCCGUGGAUAUGCCCCUCCACUGAGCAGCCUUUUUGGAAAUUCAAUAAUUUUGGAGGGGAUGGAUAUCUUCACACAAACAGGAUAUCACGGGGAAGCUAAAUAAAAGAACAAAGCGCUGCUUUGAAUGUGAUUUUUUUUUUUUUUUUUUUUUACGUUUGCUUAUCCUGAAAAAUGUGACUGAGAUUUACUGACACUCAGGUAUGUGAAGGAGGAUGUAACCCGAAAGCAUCACAUUGUGACGACCAUAUACUUUUAAAUACCAAGUUAGAUCUUCUAACUACUCACUUCUACUCGCUGUCUUUUGGAUUUGAGAUGAUAUACAUGUUGUCAGACAGAACACUGUGUUUCAGAGCUUUAAUCACUUACAUGUGUGGAUUUCCUUUUUCGAAGUUCAAACUGUGCUGUCUGAACACAGGACUUAUUCUUGACCCAGCAGUGCUAGUCCCUGCAGUGAUGGUCUCGAAAGACACCGUGGAUCAUAGUUUGCGUUGUGAACACAAAGGAACCUUCACAGCACAGCUGGAACAUGUAAACAUCUGUGUAGCAUUAUGAGUUGCUGAUGUUUUCUGCAUUGAAAGCAGGCCCCUGAGACUUUUCUGCUUGUGUUGGACUUUGGCAAAAGGUACCACUGCGGAUGGCGUUUGUGCACACUACAACUGUAUGUUUAAUAAUGCUGUGGUUUUUAUGGUAAUUCCUCGUUUUGUGUCCGAGUUUCCUCGCCACUCAGCUGCUGAAUACUGAUACUAAUACAAGAUUACACUCUGUGCCUCUUUCCAGAGGGUUAGUCCCUCAUCACCUUGCACUGAUACUGAAAUAACCCUCACGCCUUGUGUUUCCUCCACUACUUGGGAUGCACUGAUCUGUUCCUGCCUCAUCAUACCUCAGCUCAGGUUAUCAGAUAGCAAGUACCCAUCUGAAAACAGUGAUCCCAAAUUAAAAACUAUAUGUCACAGCGUUUUUUUUUCUAAGGUAUCAUGAGGCCUGGGAUUGCUGUAGCUCUUAAAACUGAGUUGAUGCCUCAGUAUGUCUGAACGAUGUAACUGGAUACACUGAAUUUUAUAAUGACACUGACAAACUGUAUUUAAAGGGAAUCAGUCAAGUCAUAGCUGAUACCCGAUUCAUAUUGGAUUGAUGGAUUGAUUUCUGUCUGCUGUGCCAGUGAAAUUACAACAUAGCUCAGUCUCUGACUGGCUUUUUGCUUCAUAGUUUUCUCAGGGCUCUAGGAACUUCUACUAGAGGUGCAGUUUUAUAUAUUAGAGGCUGAAUCACUCAAAACUUUAUGGUGCUUCCCAAAGUUUGACAUGAUACUUUUUGAGUUCCUGAUUUGAUAUCAGUGCUUUGUCCACAACAUUAUUGCAACACUCCUUUUAUUAUCAGUGGAAAGUCUUACAGUUUUCCAUUUUACUGACCUUGUUUGAGACGUCAAACAUCUCAGCAAGUAACUUUCUCAGGUAGCAAAACAGCUCGUCUUCACCCAUGUUGCUGUUUAGAGGCAUGUGUUUUGUCUAUGGACAACACGCUGAAAAACCAAAAGCAUUGACUUGCCUGAGAAACCUGUCCUUGAUUGCAGAGAAAUUUUAAGUGUGACAGUCCUUGUCAGGUGAAUGCAGCUCUCGUAACAUAAACAACUGUCUGUCAUCAACCUUGGGGAGUGACAAUACUUCUGUUGAUGAAUAGAGUGAUUUAUUGUCUGAUACUGAACCCUUGUAUGCCAGCUUGAGCUUCAUCUCUUAUGAAUGCAGAAGACUUGGUUGCGCUUAACAUUUGGUCAGAAUCUCAAAUACUAUGGUCACUGCUGGGAAAAGCUUUUAGCAGUGAACUGUCAGAAAUGACAAGGUUGUUUUUCUUAACAUUUCUCCUAAAAACCAAGUUCAGGCAAUGUGCAGAGCUCAAAGCAUUAGUUAUCAACAGAAAAAUAAUCUGCAUCUAUUUUGAUUAUUGACUAUUUUAAUCUUUUUUUAGGCAAAACGUCAAAUAUUUGCAGGUUUCAGCAUCUUAAAAGUCAAUAAACAACAACUAAUCAUCAGCUGAAUCCAUAAAGAUCUAAGCCACUGUGAAGCACUGAAUGGCUAACAGCUGUUGAAAUGGAAGCUGAUUGAAGAAUAGCUCUGAAUAACUAGCCUGUUUGUGGGAGUAAUGUUACGCUGAAAACCAACACACGACAGAUCUAAUGUAGACUUGUGUUGUUUUACUUGCUGCUCAAAGCUUCAUGUCCUGGAUUUUCUUACAUCCAACGAGAUUUUUCCUCAGUUGAUGACUGUGCACCAAGGCUGUGCCUUAUGCACCUUUGUGCCUACAAGACCUUGAGGUCUAAAUUGCUUUUACGUAGCUCAAUUUCUUAGUUCUGGUGAAAGUACUGUAUGAAACUGAAAUAAAUGGAGAUAUGCCUGGUGAUAUGAGCUCAGAAAGUACUUGUUCACUCAUCGUCACUCAUUCCCAUAGUGCUUUGAUAAUUUCUGUCUCUGUUACUUGGACUCCAAAACAAAUCACUCAUUUUUUUUAACAAUCACUCAUGAAGGCAUUUACAGUUGUUCUGUGUUCAGUUUGUUUGAAAUAAUGACUAGCUUUUAAUCAAUUUAGGAAAUCAUUAAGUUAAUCCAUUGAAGAAAUUGGUCCGUUGAUGUUCUCAGUUGUCUGAGGUAUUGAAGUUACAGAUGCAGUGUACGCCUUUAUCUUUAUAUGUUUUUCCAUAAAGCUUGAUUUUCCUCUGUCCUCACACUGCAGUACUAAUCUGUAAUUUGACCGUGCUACACUAACCUCGAGAUUGAAACACUGUUUGACCAGUUAUCACUGACUGACUGACUUUAUCUCUGAGAUACAGAUAACUUCUACAUUAAGCUGUUUCUUGUUCCUCAGUUUACAGUAAAGGCCACAGUUUUGUGUAAUAAGGAGAUGUUUGAACAAUAUAAAAAAUGAAUAAAAUGUUCCUGGUAACAAAGUUUAUCUAGCAUUGUUUUCAGCAGCUGUGAUUGGCUGAGUGAUAUAAUACAAGGUUGUGGGGUGUCUUGUGCUUUUUUUUUUUUUUUUU